UUGAUGGGCAGCCUCCUGCCACUCCCUGCCCACUUGUGAUCCCAGCUUCCCCAGGCCUGGGGCAGGGGGAGGAGACAGGUGCUGCUUCCCAGCCUCCUACCUACAGCUGCCUUUGGAAGGCUGAGAGAACCAGGAGCCUCAGGUUGGGCUGAGAAGCCUCAGCUUUUCAUGGAGGUGAAGACAGUACUGACCAGGCAGCAAGAGAGGCUGGGCCAGGAAUGGGACUGGUCUUUACUGUCGUGCUGCCUGUUCCAAGAGGAUGUGGCUCAAGAAGGCAGAUACUGGGUGACCUAGUUUCUGGGAAGGUGGAGACAAGAACAAGCCUGGACCAUGGGUGUGGCUGUCCCUCUACCACAAUCCUGAGACUGCCUUGGGGGGGCUAUCAGGGGCUUUGGGGAUGUUUUGGGACAGACCUGGGCACUAGAACUUGCUCAAUGUGGGUUCUUUCUCUUGCCCUCUGGGGGGUCUCCAUGAGAAUGGGAGUCAGGAGUUGUAGCAUCCACUCCCUGGAGGGGGUGGGGCUCAGUUAUAGCCCAGCCCCUUCCUGAACCAGGGCCUCAAAUAGUAGCCAGUGCCCUGGGGCCAGAGCCAGUUGUCAACCAAGACCGGGCAAGUCUGUCCAGGGCCAGCCACAGGCCCCCAGAAGGAACCUGUAUCCCUCCUUGGACCAGGACCCCUGAGCCUCUGACACUGCCUCUUAUCCACAUCCAGGUAAGUUUUGAGGCUGAGUUGAACUGGGGACUGGGUGGGAAUGGCAUCCUGACUUGGGACCUCAGUUUCUCCAUUCGGUGGGAGACUGGUCAUGGGGCUAAGAACCCAUUCUGAGGAGACCUGGAAAGUGCAAUAGAAUGUGCUUUUGCUCAGGCCAGUGCUGGGUCACAGACCCCUCCUGGACCAUAGCUGGGUGAGGAUUGGUGUUGCUGGCCCAUUCCAUCUGUCCUUUCCAGCCCACCUCCCUGGUGCCAUGGGCAGGCCCCGGGUCCUGCUGGCAAUGCUCUGGGCACUGUGGGCCAUAGGGGCAGCAGCGCUGCGCAUUGGAGCCUUCAACAUCCAGAGCUUUGGUGACAGCAAAGUGUCUGACCCAGCCUGUGGCAGCAUCAUCGCGCAGAUCCUGGCUGGUUACCACAUCAUGCUGGUACAGGAGGUGCGUGACCCGGACCUGAGCGCAGUGUCAGCGCUCAUGGAGCAGAUCAACAGCGUGUCAAAGCAUGAAUACAGCUUCAUGAGCAGCCAGCCUCUGGGUCGGGACCAGUACAAGGAAAUGUACCUGUUCAUCUACAGGAAAGACAAAGUGUCGGUUGUGGACACUUACCAGUACCCGGACCCCGAGGACGCCUUCAGCCGCGAACCUUUCGUGGUCAAGUUCUCGGUCCCCGCCACCGCUGUCAAGGAGCUGGUGUUGAUUCCACUGCACGCUGCGCCACACCAGGCAGUGGCAGAGAUCGACGCCCUUUACGACGUGUACCUGGACCUGAUUGACAAGUGGGGCACCGACGACAUGGUUUUCCUGGGCGAUUUCAAUGCGGACUGCAACUACGUACGGGCACAGGACUGGGCGGCCAUCCGACUGCGCAGCAGUGAGGUCUUCAAGUGGCUCAUCCCGGACAGCGCUGACACCACGGUGGGCAACUCCGACUGUGCCUAUGACCGCAUCGUGGUGUGCGGCGCCCACUUGCGCAGGAGCCUGAAGCCUCAGUCAGCCUCGGUGCAUGACUUCCAGGAAGAGUUUGGCCUGGACCAGGCCCAGGCUCUUGCCAUCAGUGACCAUUUUCCAGUGGAGGUGACCCUCAAGUCCCACUGACAGCCCUGUGGCUAGGCUAGGGCACAUCACCUGCAGACUUGGUAGCACUGUGGAUCAUUUGGGGUAGCAGGAGAAUGAACGCAGGGAAGGGUCAGCUGGGUGUGAAAGGGUGGCACAGUCACAUUACAGUACUACUCAGAGCCUCAGUGUCCCAUCUGUAAGAAGGGCUAACACCACCUACCUCAGAGCGUUGUUGUGAGGAGUACCCUCCAAAGGUGCCUAGCUAGUGCCUGGAACAUGUCUGGGUAAUAAACAAGCCACUGGGCCAGGACCACA